GCUUGUUCUGGAAAUUCUUCAUGCAUGACCCACAUCAAUUGCUUCUUAAAAUACUUCAUAAACUAAGAAUAGUGAUUCUGUAUCAUGUAUAUCAUUAAGAAACACCAACAUGCAUGCACGUGUUUGGAUCAUUAGAUAAUGACAUGUGUCUGUUUUGAAACUGCGUUUUUUACGUUAAAAGUAAAUAUACUGAUAUCAGAAGGAAAUGGCAACAAGAUAACAGAUAUCAUAGCAUAGACAAGUAAAUUAGUCGUGUGAUAAAUAAUUAAAAGGAGUGCUUCGAUGAAGCGUUGGUAUGCCUGUGAAACCGCAAAUGACUUACAGCUGAGCAAGAAACGGAAUACGUGCAAAAAACUACAUCAUUGUAUGAAGACAAAAAUCAACGUUAGACCACUAAUUUGAAAAUCACAUUUUAAAAACGGUCAGAAAUUAUGUUUUUGUCAUCAUUGAAGAAACAAUUUGAUUUUUACAAUAAAAACAGAAGGAAGAUAUUGGUUGUGUGUCUAUCUUUAUUGAUAUUAUUUUGUCUGGUUUUCGGAGGAAUAAACCAUGCCACAUGCUGCAUUCAAUUUAAAGACCAGAUUUCUAAAACUUAUUUAAGAGGUUUUUAUUCAGACAUUCAGAAACAAAAAGUCAUUGACCCUCCUACAACAUGCAUUCCUAAACAUAUAAAUUGUAUAAAAUUAGUGAUGGGUGAGCGUGAGGAGCUUAAGAAGGCUUCAGGAUACAUAAAACAUAAUAAAAUAGGAAAUAAAUGUCAACUUAUAAACCUAGUAGAAAAUUGUAAUGCUUUGAAAAUCGCACACAAUUAUGUAACAGAUAAUAAAACAAUCUUCAAAGAAGAGCUGGAAUUUCCUUUGGCGUUUGCUAUAAAAAUGCACACCAGUCCCGAACAAGCCGAACAGUUGCUCCGAAAUAUAUACCGACCACAUAAUGUUUAUUGUAUUUACGUUGACAAAAAAUCGAAAGAAGAGACUUUCAACUUGAUACAGAAAGUAGGUAAUUGUUUCGAUAACAUAUUUAUUGUUGAAAAUCGUAUAGAAGUUGUAUAUUCUAGUAUUAACUUAGUCGAAGCUGAAGUUGAAUGUAUGAGAAUUGUGUCAAAAUCAAAGAAAAACUGGAAAUAUUACAUUAAUUUAACAGGACAAGAAUUUCCGUUAAAAACAAAUUUAGAAAUUGUGAAAAUAUUACAAAGAUUGAAUGGCGCUAACGAUAUCGAAUCUUACGAGUAUCCAUUCAUUAUGCAGCAAAGAUACACGAAGGAACAUGUGAUCAAAGGCAAUUCAAUACACAAAACUAAAAAUUUAAAACAUUCCUUUAUCAAACGAUUCCAAAUGAGUAAAGGUUCCGCUUAUGGCGCGUUUUCAAAACCUUUUGUAGAUUUUAUUUUGACUGACAAUAUCGCAAGAAUGUUUUUAAAAUGGCUGAAUGGAACGUAUGCCCCUGAGGAAAGCGCCUGGGCAACGUUGAACACUUUACCAUGGACACCUGGUGGCUUUCACAAAAAAGCCAAAAAUCCCACGGCUUCUUUCUUGUCGCGUGCUGUUAUUUGGAGUUGGGAUAAGUCAAGAUGCAGAGGACAUUAUAUAAGAGGUAUUUGCGUGUAUGAAUCCGGUGAUUUACCUUGGCUAGCACACAGAGAGGAGUUGUUUGCAAACAAAUUUGAUAUCAAUCGGGACCAUGUUGUGUUGGACUGUUUAGAAGAAGUCUUACGAAACAGAACGAAAGAUAAUAAAGUUGAAAAUUUAAAUUGGGAUUUUUAUAAUACAUUACCACAUGCUGAAUAUUAUGCUAAAUUCAGACAAAUGAAAUCAUCGAACAAUUAUUUACAACGAAAGAAAGAAAUGUGGUUAAAAGAUCACAAUGUGACAGAAAUGUUGGAACCAAUUUCAAGUAGGGAAUAA